GAAUAACAGUUCAUGUCACAUAUAUCGCAUUGGCAAGUUUUCGAUUUCGGUCAUCGUUGGUAUCGGAGAUGCUCUGCAAGUUUGAGAUGAGGCUUUAUAAGAACCUCACGAAAUUGUCAUUUUCCCCUCCGCCGUUUAAAGCUAGCCACACAUUAGUUUCACACCAUGGACGCCAGAAAUUAUUCAUGGACAUUACAUUUUGGAAUACGUGUUACUGGGUAGCAGCUAGGUAACUUACUUGUUAGCUACCUACUGCAAUUUACUAGAAUACACGUUAGCUAGCAAUCGAAUGAAAGAAAGGUCUGAAGUUAGCUAACUUUUAUGAAAACCUAGUAACCAUGUGUAGCUAACUUACUGUUGUUGGCUAGCUAGCCAAAGACAGACAUUUGAUACAAUGUUGUUCAGCUAGAGCUGUGGAACUUACUUAGAAGCUUGGUAAAACUUAACGUUACUCAGAAUAACACUCACGUUAUUUUAGCUAGCUACUUGCAAUAAAGGAAACCAUGUAUUUUACUUGCUUGUUUUUAGCUACCUAGCUAGCAUUCUUCUGUCUGCAGUUUUUAAACCAGAUAACGUUAGAUAGCAAGAUUACAUCCUUGAGAAGUCUGUCGCCAGCCAAGUUACUCGUCUUGGGUAUUUUAUUUUCGUUUAAAGUUGCGCCUCAGUCAGGAGCCAGGAUAUUAUUGACAAGAGGCUAACAUUAGCUUUCAUACUGGUUCAGUGGUUGAACUUGUGGUGUCAAGGCUAGCUCCCAUUGCUAUAAUAGUUGGAUCUCGUCCUCUGUUAGCUAGCUGUCUUGAAUGACAGGGACGUUCUUGCAAAGAUCAUCGGACCAUGUUUUUGUACUGGUCUUACUUUUAAGGGACCAUUGUUAUUAGCUAAAUACGUAGCUAGCUAACCAGGUAAAGUGCUGAGGAUGCCUGGCUCAGAAAUUAAUCUUUCAAAUGUUGAUUUGGGAGAAUUUGACGCAGAAAGUCUCCCUACAAACUCCGGAUUGGGAGACUUGCCAUGGCUUUGCAUGGUUACGCUGUUUAUUGCCUCCAUCAUUACAUUGAUACUGUAUCUAGUACAGUAUUUUUACAGCGAUCUACGGAUACAGAUGCCUGAGCAAAACAAUGCUGGUUCGGGGGAAGCGGACGUUCUGUUGGGAUGGGCGCUUUCACUGAACAGUUGGAAAAGUCAAUGGAGAGGGGCUUGGUGCAGAGCUUUGAAUGACGAAUCGACGAAGUCUGGGUGCCCAGUGCAACUAAUAUUAGAAGAGGACGGCCUCGAGUCAUCAGAACUGGUGGUUGGCCAAGUGUCCAGCUUUAAGAAGUCUGCUAGUCAGAAGGCUGCACGAUGCAAGGUGGUCGGGGACAAGCUUCAGUUCUCCCUCAGUGCUUCACCAUCAGCCAUGUCUCCAGGAGAUCCCUGUAGGUACAGAGUAAAGAUAUCUCCACUUGAACUGCAGUUGGACUUGCAGAUGAGGGAGGCUGAAGGGCAGGUCCAGGUGGUCUGGGGGGUGUGCCAUCUCGAGACUUGGGACCUGCAGCUCAGCCCCAGCUUCACACAGGACCAUGCCACAGGCCCCAGUGUGGCUGCAGUAAAGGACAGGCUGAGACAGCUGCUGUGUGCGGUGCGUCCCUCCAUUAUGCUGAGUUGCAGGCCUGCUCAGGCCACAGAGGUCAAGGAGGCCCGUAACAAGGUGACAUCACCGCCCAAGCCCCCCCGCGCUCACGACUGGAAGCUGCUGGUAAAGAAUAUCCGGGUAACGUGUAAGGAGCAGGAGGACGGUGCUGCAGGCAGUCUGAAUCCCCUGUGUGUGCUGCAGCUAGAUGACCCUCCACAGAAACUCUCCACUUCAGUCCUACAGAACACAGCCAGUCCAGCCUGGGACCAGCCCUUCAUCUUUGAGCUGAAUGGACGAUCAAAAGAGCUGAAAAUUCAGCUGCUGGAUGAUGGGAAACCGCAGGAGAACUCCUUACUGGGUCAAGUGUCUUUGCCUUUUGAUCUGGUGAAGAAGCAGCCCAAAGGACAGCAAACAUUUACACUCAUGACCGAAGAUCAAGUGACAGGGUCACUUACUGCUGAGUUGACCUACCUGAAACCCAGUGAGGUGCGGUCGUGGCAGUCCCCUACUCCAGCCCCCACUAAGAGAGUGGAGAUGGACCGCACGGUCAUGCCCUGCGGUACUGUGGUCACCACAAUCACUGCACUGAAGAGUAAACCAGGUCGACCAGUACUGCCUGGACUAAAUAUAACCCAGCAGACCACCUCCAAUCCUCCCAGCGGCACCAAGUCCAAGGUGUCAGGACGAAGGGUGUCGGCGCAGCCGUCCGUGUUGGGGAUCAUGGGGAGCAAGGCCUUGUCCUCCUCCGACACAGAGCUACUCAUGCUCAACGGGACCGACCCCGUGGCGGAGGCUGCCAUCCGCCAACUCCACGAGUCCGCCAAGCAGAAGCUCAAGUCCCCGGUCAAGAAGAGCACCAUCAUCAUCUCAGGAGUGACCAAGACUCCUCUGUCUCAGGAUGAUGAGAUGGCUCUGAUGGCGGGCUAUGCUGCUGCGAUGGACGCCUCUAUGUCGGAGGGGGGAUCUCAGGAGAUCGCUGUGGCAACUGCAUCAGUAGUAAAAGCCAGUAGCAAACCCCUGGAGGUGUCGUCAGACCCCCAGGAGGGCCCCAGUGGAGUUGUCCAGGCUCAAGCCCAGCAGGCCCCGGAGGACUUGGAGUGCCAAGCAGGACAGGGCACAGACCAAGAUCCAGACAAAACCUCCAUGUCACUAUGCAUUUCAGAGUCUGGAUCCAAAAAGAGCAGAGGAGGCAGCUUCCUGCACAGGAGUGCCAAGCUGUUCUUCCGACGGCGCCGCCAGUGCAAAGACCCGGGUAUGAGCCAGUCGCACAACGACCUGGUGUACUUGGAGCAGCCUGUGACCGUAGACCGGGAGAAACGCACGUCCACCUUCAGCCGGAUGCUGAACCGCAAGCUGCUGCCCACGAGCAAGAGCACAGCCAACGGCUCCACCACCACCCAAACAGUGACACCCGUUCCUACCCCAGGGGAGCAGCAUGCAGCCUGACCCCCCCCCCCCAAUAGGCCUCCAGCCCCCACUCCACCACC